UGACGAUCCGGGGAACUAUUCCUGGUCUGCUUCUUGGUAAACAUGUAUCUAAGGAGCUUACUUUUUACAGAAUCAAAGCCUGCCCACAAUACAGAUGAUCUUACGAAUCUCUUGGUGGCAGUUUUACCCACCUUUAUCGGUGUGGCGAAGCGAGCUUGGGACCAAAUACCCGACCGUCAAGAAGGCGAACCUAUCGAAAUCGUCACCAGGCGCGAUUUUUACCAGAAUUUCUAUGCCAAAGCAUUUUCUCUAUUUGCUCUUUUGUCUAGACAUGACAUCGAUCCCGGCAACUCGGACACUACCAGCCUAAGCAACCUGUUGUUGAAACUGUUGGAUAUGCUCGAAAAUGCAUUUAUUUCAUGGAAAGAUCCAAGUGCAAUAGUUGUAUGCAGUCAGCUGGGCCUAGAUCGACGACCAACAGAUCUAUAUCCGAAGCUAUAUGCCCUAUGGCGCAUCGUCCCAGACGACGGAAUUGAGGUAAAUGAAUCCGUCGCAAAGAGUCUUGGAAUAAUCAUCCAGGUCUACAGCAGAAAGGCCGAAAAGCGACGAAAUAUCUUGAACAAUCUCGUUGCUUUGUUUUCACACUUGGAUAGUGCGCAGUCUUACCUUGAUCAGCAAAACUCGGAAUGCCCUCUCCGCUUUGACAACUACCCCAUUAAGAAUCUACGGAGAUUCUUGGCAACUUUAUUCUUAGUACUAGAGAAGAGCUGGCGUUGUAAAUGUGAAAGCAUAGCUCAUUCGUCUCGUGCUAUCAAGCUUAAUCUUACGCAGCAUCGACGGUUCGAGACAAGGCCUCUUGAUGGACAGCACGUACUGCAGAACAAAGCUCUCUUCCGAGUCAUGUUUCCGACAAGCUUCGGGCCACCGCGAUGGCAAAAUACCGAUAUUACUGUAAAACACAUCGACGAGCGAGGGAAACAUGAAGAAGUCAAGGAUAAUCUUUGCAGGAUUAUUGAAGAAGCUAAAGCCAGUGUUAUCCCAAGAAUGGCCGUUUUCGAUUCGAGGUUGUGGCAGCUUCGAUCGCAAGUCGACAAGUCUGGGUGUUUCAAGGUCCCAGACAACGAAUUUAUAUCGCUAAGGGACCUGUUCAUUGGCCCUCACUGGAAAGUGUCUUCUAUGAACAUCAGAGAGCGCAUCAUAUUGUCCUUUAUUAUUGUUACAACAUUUUUACACUUCGUCACGACCAACCAACCUUGGCUACAGUCCAGUCUCACGGCCGAUAAUAUAUGCUUUAGGGUUUCACAACGGACCGUCAACAUUACGCAGCCAUAUCUCAACAUACGGUUCAUCCACACGCCUUCAACCGCUGCACGAGAAAAAGGCCUCAAUAACCCGCAUCCUUGGCCCGAAAUUUUAUCUCUUGGUAGUCUUCUUCUAGAACUUGCACGUGGUGAAACCAUACAGUAUACAGACUUCAACGACAAGUGUGCAGAAACCUUGGUCGUGUAUGAUAGAUGGAGCAGCAUGUCUGGCAGCAGUAUAUCUCCUGAUAUCCCAGAGGCUCUUUUCCAGGCAAUAUUCGCAUGUAUUGAGCCCACACAGCUUGAACUUCGAGGCUUGUGCAAGACAAUUGUUCGCGACUCUGAAAUACGCAGCUACAUUUUUGAACGGGUUCUUUACCCGCUGGGAGAUACCCUCGACACCAUCUAUGAUACACCACUACAAAUGCUACAUGCCGAUGCGAUGCAGUCAUCUACGGCCUCCAACAUCAACACACAGCCUGCCGCAAUUUUGUCAGAGAAGAAGCUCGCAGGAAAGGAAUGGCGACAGCGUCUUGACCGUGUUCAUGAUACGCUAUAUCAUCCUCGAUUGAAGGCUCUUUCGAAGCUGAACCAAGACCAACACGCUGUGAAAAUUGCCGUCCUUGAUACUGGUUUACAACUGACUGAGUGCUUACAAGAAUCAUACAAGGCAGAAGGCCGACUAGCGGCUGCUAUGUCGUUUUGCCAGGAUCCCGAUUGGGAUGUCGACCAUGACGGCCAUGGUACAUGCGUAGCAAAACUCGUGCUGGACGUUGCAUCAAGAGUAAAGCUUCAUGUUGCAAAAGUGAUCCAGCAUCGCUCAGAUCUUGCCAACCCCAAAGUGGUAGAGGAUGUCUACAAAAACAUUGCAAAUGCCAUUGAGCACGCUACAAAUACCUGGAACGUCGAUAUAAUCAUCAUGAGUUAUGGUUUUGAAAAGCCAGUUCCCACCAUUAAUGCCGCCAUGGAGCGCGCCAUCCACUCGGACUGUUCACCGUUAUUCUUUGCGGCUACCCAAAAUAGCGGUGCACAUGUGGGAAUGGCAUGGCCUGCCAGAGAACCUUUUGUCUUUGGAAUAAGCUCUACUGAUGGUCUGGGGGCGCCGUCGCCCUUUAACCCAGAGGAAAAUUACUCGCAUCCGAUCUUCUACGCCUUUGGUGAAGAUGUCCAAAUCAAAGGCAUCCACCCAAACGUCUCAGCAGAAUCCACAACAUUUGUCUCGGGCACGUCCUUUGCAACGCCAAUCGCAGCUGCUCUGGCAGCCAAUGUGUUGGCCUAUGCUCGCCUAGCCGAUUUAGCCGCCUCGGAGAGGGGCGAAACUCAGUAUUGGGAUGUGCCGCGAGCAUUGCGGCGGAUGAAUGGCAUGCUCAAGGUCAUGAUGCACUGUAUGCGUAGAAAGCAUCAAAGUAAUACAUGGAGUUUACUUCCGUGGGAAUUUAUGGACGCAUCGCGGGUAGACGACGAUGCAAUAUUGAAAGAUAUACAUGUCGUACUCAGCACUUUAUAGGGUCGCGAAUGGCGACGACCAAAAACGAAAAUAUAUCAUAUUUACGUACUUGAUAAGAGUACCGCUAUCGUAAACAUCACCA